AUGGCACUCGCCUGUAGCUCGAGAAUGUGCUUCAGCCCCGCUAUGCAGCCCUUGGUCCGCCGCUCAAUCCGUCGAUACGCUUCCUCCUCGCGCUCAAGAUCUAGCCUCGGCUCAUCCGCGACUGGGCAUCCCAGGUCUUCUGCGAAACCUCCUCCGCCUCCUCCCCGCCGUAAUCCAAAUGCACGUCCUUCCUCUCCUCCGAUAUCAGGCAGAACUGGUCGUCAUAAGGCUUCUGAUCACAAUCCAUCGGCGACAGCAGUACCACCUGAAUCUGCACCACUUUCAUCUCCAGCUGCCCCUCGCUCUCCCGAGCCAGCGAAGAAGGACGACCCGACCUCUAGAAGUUUAUGGCAGUCAUAUAAGGGACUGAGACCGGACGCUAAGCUAAUAUUUGCAGGAACGCUGGUCGUUGGUGCGGGAUUGAUCUACUGGAUAGACGGGAUCUACCCUGAGGACGAAACGGCGGAGCUGUCGACUAUUUUGGAUAGACCGCCAGAGACGAGUCAGACUCGACCGGCUUAA